AUGCGUAAACAGUAUCAUGUAUUUUUGUUCCUACACAAAAUGGAACUUGAUGCAGAGCGCGCAUUUUCCUACGUGAUUCAACAACAACUCACCACCCCGAGAAUACAAAUAGCUUUCAUAAGAAAUUACAGGUAUGCAAAAAAGAAAACUUUUUUAUUGACUUGCUACUUGUACUUUCAUCUCAGAUCAUCGACAACUUCCUUCGAGAGCUACAACAAACUGGUUGUGCAUAUCUUACACCACGCCGUGUACAUUUUUUCAACAAUACAGAUACUGGAUGAAUCUUCAGUAAACCCUCUCAUUUCAAAAAUUUAUUCGUGAUCGCGUUUUGGUCUUUUUGAACAACAAAAUUCUACAUCACCCUCUCGUUAAUAGUAAUACGUUUGACAUCAAACAAUAUGAACAUGAAUAGGAUUGUGUUGAAUCUGUGCGCGUAUCUCAAAGAAUCAUCAAGUAUUGAAACUUCAAGAACAGCUGACGCGCUUCUGUCGAACUUGAAUUUUCCUGCGAAAUUUUGGCAUCAACGUAGUACCGGUUGAGUAAGGACAAACGAAGACGAACUAGAACACUAUUUUUCACACGACAUAUUGGUACUCAUUCGAAAAAUGCUAAAAACCCUCACCCCUUCGAUUCAGUUUGAAAAGUAUCUCGACCAUGCGAUUCGUAUUGGUUCAAAAUUUAUCUACUUACGAUUAUAACUAUACGUCCACGAAAGCCUAGCUGAGGGCCGCUGACAGGGGGACUUGUCCCGUCCGUCGCCGGCAGCUUCUCGAAUAAACAUACAAGCUCUUCCCUUUCGGAUAAGCAUGGCACUACUUACAAAAAAAAACUACAAAAAAAGAAAAAGUCGCUCACUGCAUUGAAUUGAAUAGGCCUCGAAGAAGGUUUUAAGUCUCACCACUCUGUCGGCCCCCACCAAACUCUUGCAGUUGAACACGCUGCAAGAAAGGGAAAAUAAUGAAGCACGGUCAUCCACAUAUGGACGUGCUUCUCCCGUUGAGCCAGAAGAUAUCUUUAAUAACAAGAACAUCUUCGACCCGCCACGCAUCUUUUUCGAUGAUGAAACAAGCACAUAAUUCACUGUGUAUAUACCAGCCCACCUCUGCGGAUUCCUUCAGAUAUCAAUGAUGUUGUGAUACACGUAGCACUUCUAAGAGCAACAGACGGUGCAGGGCUGCUUGUCAUCUUCUUACCACGUCCCCCACGAACUACAUGGAACUAGAAACUACGAUACAAGUAUAGGAAGUAGACGAGCCGGAUCCUCGCUACCUCCAAUAGAAGACCUCUUCAAGAAACUCAUUUACCACUUCAGGCCCUCCAAUUCAAGACCCUUCUUGUAAGCACACUCUCAACAAACUCAUCAUUUACACACGUCCGUCAAUGAAAAACGAAUUUCCA